AUGAUAGAAAGUGAUAUUAUUUGCAUCAUGUCUGGCCUGAUUAGAAAUUCAGGGCAAAACCACCUCCCUUCUUCACAGGAAUACAGACUCUUGGCUUCUGACCCCUCACAGUUGAGCGAAGAUGAUCUCCCCAGUGACCUACAGUCCCUGUCAUGGCUGACGUCCGUUGAUGUCCCACGAUUGCAACAGAUGGCCAGUGAAAGAAUGGAUUUUGGCAUGAACUCCCAAAGUGCGGUAUUGCAACAGCCGGGGUCCAUGCCAGGGAAUAUGCUCACUACGGGAGCCCCCGGUGGGAUGAUUCACAUACAGGCCAGUCUGCCCCAAGGAAUUCUGGGACUGAAUACAGUUUCAUCACAUGGAACACAGAUGAGUCGGUAUGCAGCCGGUGGGCAGCCGUCUCCCAGCCUGCAACCACAGCAGCCCCCCCUCUUCCCUCCUCCAUCCUGUGCUGCUCAGCAGGUAUUUGCUAUCACACACAAUCCACAACAGUGUCCCCCAGCGACAAUAUUCAGCGCUUCCUAUGGAACACCAUCUCCGUUUUCACAGCCCCGUCUUGCUCCACACACUGCUCAAGAACUGCAUGUCAAGCCCUAUCCUAAGCCCAUCUACUCCUACAGCUGCUUGAUCGCCAUGGCACUGAAGAACAGCAAGACAGGCAGGCUCCCAGUUAGUGAGAUCUACACCUUCAUGAAGGAGCAUUUUCCCUACUUCAAGACGGCACCUGAUGGAUGGAAGAACUCCGUCCGCCACAAUCUGUCCCUGAACAAAUGCUUUGAGAAGGUGGAGAAUAAGAUGAGUGGCACCUCACGUAAAGGCUGCCUCUGGGCCCUCAACCCUGCCAAGAUAGACAAGAUGGAAGAAGAAAUGCAGAAGUGGAAGAGGAAAGACCUGGCUGCUAUUCACAGGAGCAUGGCAAAUCCAGAGGAGUUGGACAAACUCAUCACAGACCGGCCCGAGAACUGCAGGAGGCCAAACAAGCCGGCAGAGGCCGAAGUCUCCGCGCUGACCCAUGUGGCAGCUGCUCAAGGCCGGAUAGGGCAGCUGCAGCCCCAGCCUGUAAUGACGCUGUCGCUGCAGGCUGUCCCACUGCACCACCAAAUCCAGACCCAGGCGUGCAUGACACCGGAUUCGCCAGCUCCUGCGCAGACCCCGCCUCUCCACGCCCUGCGCAACCUUCACCAGAGCCCCCGCCCUCAGCACCUGAUGAGCCGUGCCUCCGACUUCCUCAGUGUGGCGACUGACAUGAGCACGGAAGUCGAUGCCCUCGACCCCAGCAUCAUGGACUUUGCCUUCCAAGGUAACAUCUGGGACGAGAUGAAAGAUGAGAGCUUCAACCUCGAGACCUUGGGGGCCUUCAGCAACUCCCCUCUGGCACUUUCAGACUGUGACCUUAUCCCAGCUGGCCUCACCCCCAUCUCUAGCAGCAGUGACCGCUCCUUCGCAGACCUGCAGGUGACAGGCCUCUACACAACUUAUACAACUCUGGACACCGUCUCGUCAGCCCAGUACAUUAGCACCCAGGGGAAUAAGCCAAUUGCCCUGCUCUGAAAAGGGACCCAUCCAGACUCAAAAGCCAAGCCUGUGCCGCCGCCUCCAGUCUUCCAAGGAGCGCUUCCUCCGUGCAAGUUAUUUAAAACGAGGCAUUCCCCACGGGGCCCCACAAAAACUUGUGAAUGUUGCUGUGAUCCCAGCAGUGAUCCUUUUGCCAGAAAAUUUCUGAAACGUAGUUAAAAAUAGUUCUAAAAAUCUGAUGCAAGAGGACAGC